CGAGGAGCUGCGCUCACCGCAGGGGCGGGCCCCCGCCUGUGUUCGCGGCGCCAGCAGAAGACUGAUCUUUGAAAAUAUGUAUUUGGGAGAUAGUCACGUCCUGUUGAAUACCUUGUGCUGGUGCUGCCAUCGAAAAAUCUGGUUACACUCUGGGGAGGCCUGCUACCACUGCAGGACUGAGCCACCUCGGCAGUGAGAUGAGGGUCCAUCCUGAGCGGGGACACCAUGAAUAGGUACACAACGAUCAAGCAGCUCGGGGAUGGGACCUAUGGUUCCGUCCUGCUGGGAAGGAGCAUUGAGUCCGGGGAACUGAUCGCUAUUAAAAAAAUGAAAAGAAAGUUUUAUUCCUGGGAGGAAUGCAUGAAUCUCCGGGAGGUUAAGUCUUUAAAGAAGCUCAACCAUGCCAAUGUAGUCAAAUUAAAAGAAGUUAUCAGGGAAAAUGAUCAUCUAUAUUUUAUCUUUGAGUACAUGAAGGAAAAUCUUUACCAGCUCAUUAAAGAAAGAAAUAAGUUGUUUCCUGAGUCUGCUAUAAGGAAUAUCAUGUAUCAGAUAUUACAAGGACUUGCAUUUAUCCACAAGCAUGGCUUCUUCCAUCGGGACUUAAAGCCUGAGAACCUCCUCUGCAUGGGACCAGACCUUGUGAAAAUUGCAGACUUUGGAUUGGCCCGAGAAAUCCGAUCAAGACCGCCAUACACAGACUAUGUAUCUACCAGAUGGUACAGGGCUCCAGAAGUACUCCUGAGGUCUACCAACUACAGCUCCCCCAUUGACGUCUGGGCCGUGGGCUGCAUCAUGGCAGAAGUUUAUACCCUCAGGCCGCUCUUUCCUGGGGCCAGUGAGAUUGACACGAUAUUCAAAAUUUGCCAAGUGUUGGGGACACCAAAAAAGACUGACUGGCCUGAAGGCUAUCAACUAUCAAAUGCUAUGAACUUCCGCUGGCCCCAGUGCGUACCCAAUAACUUAAAGACCUUGAUUCCCAAUGCCAGCAGCGAAGCAAUUCAGCUCCUGAGAGACAUGCUGCAGUGGGACCCCAAGAAACGACCAACAGCUAGUCAGGCACUUCGAUACCCUUACUUCCAGGUUGGACACCCACUGGGCAGCACUACACAGAAUCUUCAGGAUUCAGGGAAAACACAAAAAGACAUCCUGGAAAAGGCAGGCCCACCUCCUCAUAUUAAGCCAGCCCCUCCUACCCAGCCCCCAACUAAGCCCCACACACGGAUUUCUUCACGACAGCAUCAAGCCACCCAGCCCCCUCAGCAUCUCAUGUGCCCCUACAAAGCAGAGGCCUCCAGGACAGAUCACCUGAGCCAGCUCCAGGAGGACAAGUCCAGCUCCUUGCUUUUCCCAUCUGUCCACAGCAAGAAUCCCCAGACGAAGACCCUCACUACCCUGGAGCACAAAAACGGUGACAUGAAGCCAAAGAGCAGGAGAAGGUGGGGUCUCAUUUCCAGGUCCUCAAAGGAUUCCGAAGAGUGGGCUGACUUGGAGGACUUCGAUUUCAGUCCGUCCCUCACCAGGAUUGACCUGAAAAACAAGAAGAGGCAGAGCGAUGAUGCUCUCUGCAGAUUUGAGAGUGUUUUGGACCUGAAGCCCUGUGAGCCCGUGGGCACAGGAAGCAGCGCGCCCACCCAGCCUUCACACCCCAGGCGGGACACGCCCACCCUGAGAUCCACCGCCAAGCAGCACUACUUGAAGCAUUCUCGAUACUUGCCUGGAAUAAAUAUAAGAAAUGGAAUACUCUCAAAUCCAGGCAAGGACUUUAUACCACCUAAUCCGUGGUCUAGUUCUGGUUUGUCUGGAAAAUCUUCAGGGACAGUGUCAGUAAUCAGCAAAAUAAAUUCAGUUGGUUCCGGCUCUACAAGUUCUAGUGGACUGACUGGAAACUAUAUCCCUUCCUUCCUAAAAAAAGAAAUUGGUUCUGCUGUGCAGAGAGUACACCUGGCACCUAUUCCAAAUCCUUCCCCUGGUUAUUCUUCUCUGAAGGCCAUGAGACCUCAUCCUGGGCGACCUUUCUUCCACACGCAGCCUAGAAGCACUCCUGGGUUGAUACCACGGCCUCCAGCCGCUCAGCCAGUGCAUGGCCGGACAGACUGGGCUUCCAAGUACGCAUCUCGACGAUGACCAACUGGGCAGUGAUGCCCUUCACCCGGAGAAGCAGGACACUUUCUCUUAGCCCACUGGUGUUUUACCUGCAAGAAAUGUGCAGAGGGUAUAAAAGCAAAUCAACACUUCAUAGUUAUUCUUCUGAACUAAGACAUUUCAAUAUUCUUUUUUGAAGUUUUUUUUUUUUAAUAUUGAUUUGAAUGCAAUACCUUUUUUUGUAUAAAAUUAUUUUAUUCUAAAA